AUGGAGGAAGAAGACGAUGAUCUCUAUGAGCCCGGUGACUCACUGCCCACUGCUCAGACGCAGAAUGGCAACGGACAGCCAGACGCGCCCACUGAGAACCCAGCUGAGGAGGAGUUUGUAGAAGAGGAGGUUGAGGACGACGAGGAUGACUUCAACAUUAUCACUGAAGCUCCUGCAGACGCUGCGCCCGAGGUUGCGCAUCCUCGCCAUGCUACCCUGCGCAACGAGCCUCAGCGGUCGGCUUCAGUAGAUUCGGCCGCUGCCGCGAAGCCCUCUACACCUUCCACUGCUCCCAAAGCCGAAGCUUCGCCUGCUGUUGCUACAGCAAAACCUGCCGCGCCAUCAAAACCAGGGUCCGCCUAUCCUCCGGUACACGCAUCGACAAUAGAUGUCAAUGCGAAUCCUGUCCACCACGCUACGGGCAAACCGUUAUUGUCCACCGAUCUCGACUCAGAUUUCCCAACGGAGGAUGACAAGCCGUGGAGACGACCCGGCACAGACCUAUCCGAUUAUUUCAAUUAUGGCUUCGACGAGUUUACGUGGGCAAGCUACUGUCUGAAGCAACAGGAACUACGGAAGGAGGUGAACGACCAGAAAAAGCAGUUGGAGGAUAUGCAAGCUUUCCUCAACAUGGGUGGUCUUCCAGGCCUUCCUGGCGCGCCGCCUGGAGCUCCUACGUCAGGGCCCGGCCCAGCGCCUGGAGGUCUUCCGGGAUUGCCGGGCAUGCCGGACAUGUCUCCUGAGAUGAUGCAGGGAAUGCUGACGAGCAUGAUGGCUCAGGGAUUGGAUCCAUCGUCAAUGGAUCCCAUGUCAUUCAUGCAGCAUGCUCAGGCCAUGAUGGGAGGCGCGCAGCCUGGCGCUGGCGGUCAACAGCAAGGCCAACCUGGUUUCUCCGGACAGCCGCAAGGACAGGGAUUUGGAGGACAGGGGGGCAACCAGCAAUCAAUGGGCUUUAGUGGUGGUUACAAUCAACAGGGAGGAUUUGGCGCUGGCCGAGGCCGGGGCGGAGGAGGGAGACGAUGGUGA